AUUUUGAAGACAAACCACUUUUAGCAACAACCCAUUGGAAGUCAUCGCUUUCUUUAAUUUUCUAUUUAAAUUCCCUCCAUAUCCUCCCUCCAUGAAAGAAACUUUGUGUUAAUUAAUCUUCUUCUGAUCUUCGUCAUCUAGUAGUACUGCAUCUUCACUUUCUUCUUCAAUUUGUUUCUUUUUCAUCUUCCUAAUUAAACCAUGGAAUUUGAGAAACUCAUGUUGAGAGAAGCUCUUAGUGCUCAAAAUAUGAACCAUAACCAUAGCAAAACUGGUAAUGGGAGCACCGGAAGCGCACUUAAACCGAGCAGUACUUCUCGGCCUCCCGGUGAUCUUUGCCACGGCUCUCAAGCUGCCUCCAGGACUCUGGAGAUGGGUCUGCCAAGGAACGAAUCGGCGGAUAGAAAACUAUCCUGGCUGCGCUCUCAAAUCAUCGGGGGCGAUGCAGAAAUAGAUUCUCCAUUCGGGAAAAGAAGACUCACCUAUGCUGAUCACACUGCCUCGGGUCGAUCUCUUCGAUACAUCGAGUAUUUCCUCAUCAACAAUGUCCUUCCUUCCUAUGGGAACACGCACACGAGUGACAGUUAUGUGGGGCACCGGACGACAAAAACAGUGCAUGAAGCAACGAAGUACAUCAAGAAAUGCUUAGGUGGUGGAGAAGACGAUGUGCUCUUGUUCUGUGGCUCGGGCACGACCGCAGCUAUUAAAAGGCUUCAAGAAGUAAUGGGCAUUGCCGUGCCAUCGACGUUGAGAGAGAGGCUACUAAAAUGCCUUGGAAAUGGAGAAAGGUGGGUGGUUUUUGUUGGGCCUUAUGAGCACCACUCGAACCUUCUUUCUUGGAGGCAAAGCUUGGCUGAAGUAAUAGAGAUUGGUUUAGAUUCCAAUGGUUCAUUAGACAUGGAGACUCUAAGACUGCAACUUGAGCAAUAUCAGUCUGCAAACAGGCCAAUUUUGGGUUCUUUUUCUGCUUGUAGUAACGUGACUGGAAUUUAUUCAGACACCCGAGCAAUUGCUGAACUUCUUCACCAAUAUGGAGGUUUUGCAUGCUUUGAUUUUGCAGCAAGCGGGCCUUAUGUGGAGAUUGACAUGAGAUCCGGGGAGCUUGAUGGCUACGAUGCAAUUUUCCUUAGUCCACAUAAGUUUCUUGGGGGACCAGGAUCGCCCGGCAUCCUUCUGAUGAGCAAGGCACUUUAUAUGCUAAAAUCUUCUCCACCAUCGACUUGUGGAGGUGGAACUGUGAUUUAUGUCAACGGCUUCAACGAAAAGGACACGUUAUAUUUGGAGGACAUUGAAGAAAGGGAAAAUGGUGGCACUCCUCAAAUAAUCCAAACAGUUAGAGCAGCCUUGGCUUUCUGGAUUAAGGAAUACAUAGGUUACGAGGAGAUUGAAAAACUGGAGCAAACCAAUAUAGAGAGAGCGCUUAAGAGGCUUCUCCCAAAUCAGAACAUAUGCGUUCUAGGAAAUACAAGCACCAAGAGACAAGCUAUCUUGUCUUUCCUUGUUUACAGUACCACCAAUUCCUCCUCGGCUGGCCUAAAAAAUGGGUGUAAUAUUGACAGCAAAGAGAGAUGGGAGGAGCAGCUAUACAUGUGGAGAGAGACGGGGAACAAGAGAGACAAGCCUCUUCAUGGACCAUUCGUUGCAGCUCUCUUGAAUGACCUUUUUGGCAUCCAGGCUCGAGGUGGGUGCGCUUGUGCUGGACCCUAUGGUCACGUUCUGCUUGAGAUCGAUGAGUCCCACUCACUUGCCCUCAGAGCUGCCUUUCUCAAGGGUUAUGUUGGAUUAAAACCCGGAUGGACUAGGAUCAGCCUUCCCUACUACAUGUCCGAGGAAGAAUUUGAAUUUAUUUUAGCUGCAGUGGAAUUUGUGGCUAUUUAUGGGCAACGUUUCCUUCCAUUGUACUACUUCAAUUUUAGAACAGGAAACUGGGCUUUUAAGAAGAAAGCACUCGAGGAACUACUCGUGGAGGAAAACAAAUGCAAUGUACACGUAUUGCCGUUGGCCAGUGCCAUGGAUGUAGCAAAUCAAGAACAUCGCAAUUCAAAAGCGUUCGAGGAUGUAGGAGCUAAGCAAGCAAAGAACAUAGAUAAGUAUACAGCAUAUUUAGAAGCGGCUAAGCAUAUUGCCAGUCUCCUCCCCAAGUUCCCCUCUCAGCGUAGAGUUCCUGAGGACAUAGAUGUCAACCUCAUUCUCUUUCGAGUCUAGUCAUUUUCCCCAUUCUCGAUUAAUGCUUGUGGUAAUUUCAUUAUUACUAUUCUUUGUUUCACUGCUGAAGUUUUAUUCGGCACUAAAACGUAGAAAAUAUA